AUGGCAAAAAUUAAUUUUGGAAUUGUAUACGGAAGUACAGAGACAGGGGCCUUAGCUGCCUACAUGUAUAACCCAAAAGGAAAAAUUUGUGUAGGGAAUUUAUUACCAGGAAUUGAAGGAAUUGUAAUUGAUGAAGAAGGACGACGACUUGGAUCAGGCGAGAUUGGAGAACUUUGUUUUACAGCACCUUAUCGGUUCUCUGAGUAUCUAAAAAAUCCUGAAGCAACAAGGGCUUACACAACCAGCGAUGGAUUUAUGCGUACUGGAGAUUUAGGAUUCUAUGAUGAAGAUGGUCUUCUCUACGUAAAUGGACGAUGUAAAGAUGUUAUGAAGUACAUCUUGGCUCAUGUAUCAGGAUCUGAAAUUGAGAGGGUCGUCAAGACACAUCCUGCCGUGUCUGAAGUAGUCGCAGUUGGAAUUCCCGAUGAGAAAUAUUCUCAUCUUCCUGCAGUUUUAAUUAUCCUUAAAGAAGGAUCAGUCGUUACAACUGAAGAUAUUUCAGAUCUCGUUGCAGAGAAGCUUCCUGAUUCCCAUAAACUUCGUGGAGGAGUUUACUUUGUUGAUAAAAUACCUUUAACAUCAACUGGGAAAGUAAAGAGAUUUGAAGCUGAAAAAUAUGCUGAACGUAUGUUUAGGCGUCUUAACAUCGUGGACUAA